CAGUUGUGUCCCGGUGGUUUAUUUUGAGGUCUUCUUCACAGCUGUUAUAUCUGUGGGGCCAGAGUUAGAGCACCCCUCCCCCUCUCUCUCUCACCCCCCUCCUCACGUCUCCUUUCCCCUCUCCUAGAUCCUGGACCUUUUGUGCAAGCCUAUCAGAAUGGAGACAUGUCAGGUGAGUGACCAGGGUGAUCCAGCCCAGUGUCAGGGUCAGGUGGACCUGACAGACGACCUGAGCAAGCAGCUAGAGGACAUCAUCAGUACCUACCAGGAGGCCAGUGAUGAGCCUGCUGAGCAGGAAGAGGUGGAGGAGGAGGUUCUGAAGGAGCAGGUCACCAAGAGCUCCGCCAAGGACCAGAAACUAGAGAAGAAGAUGCUGAAAAGCCUUGGCAAAGAGGCCAUGCUAUUGAUGCAGAGCUUGAACAAGCUCGGCACUCCAGAGCAAAAACUGGAGGCCAUCAUCAAGAAGCACGCUGAGCUGCUGGAGGAGCACCGGGUUGACCAGAAGCAGCUGAAGGUUCUGCAGAAGAAGCUUCUCCAGGUGAUGAAGGAGAAGGACCAGCUUCAGAGUGAACACAGCAGAGCGGUUCUGGCCCGCAGCAAACUCGAGUCUCUGUGUAGGGAGCUGCAGAGACACAACAAGACACUGAAGGAGGAGACCCUCCAGAGGUGCAGGGAGGAUGACCUGAAGAGGAAGGACAUCACCACUCACUUCCAGAGCACGCUAACGGACAUCCAGGUCCAGAUCGAGGAGCACAGUAACCGCAACACCAAACUCUGUCAGGAGAACAGCGACCUGGCAGAGAAACUCAAGAGCCUCAUCUCCCAGUACGACGCAAGAGAAGCGAACCUGGAAAAGGUAUUCAAACAUCGAGACCUGCAGCAGCAGUUGUUGGAAACCAAACUUGAACAGGCAAACAUGUUCAUUAAAGAGGGAGAGGAGAAGCACAAGCGAGAGAGGGAUCAUUUGAUAAAUAAGGCGGCACAGUCACAGGUGAAGGUGCAGAUUUUGAAAGAGCAAGAGGAAGGGAUGCAGGCCCAGUUGUCCAUGUACUCUGAGAAGUUCGAUCAGUUCCAGGGGACUGUGUCGAAGAGCAACGGAGUGUACGCCAGCUUCAAACAGGACAUGGAGAAGAUGACCAAGAGAAUGAGGAAGCUGGAGAAGGAGUCUAUUCAAUGGAAAAGCCGUUUUGAGGGCUGCAACAAGGCUCUUAUUGAUAUGCUCACAGAUAAAACCUUGAAGGAAAAGGAGUUUGAGCUGUUCACCCUGAAGACCCAGAAGCUGGAAAAACUGUGCCGGGCGCUGCAGGAGGAGAGGAACAGUCUCUCUCAUAAGCUCCAGGAAGCAAAUCCAGCGGCUGCAACCAGUGUAGCGGAGAUGAAAGAAAAUGAGACAAAGGAGAAGGAGAACCCAGAGGUACCUGCUGCUGAGAAGCCCAUUGAGACACCCUCUGAAAACCCCUCUAAUGAAAGCCCUACUCUCAAAGUACCUGUUGCUACAGAAACCCUCGCAGUUGUAACUUCUGCUCCAGAAAAACCUGCAACACACCUGACCAGCGAGCUGGAUAACCUGAAGGCCCAGAAGUCCCGUCUGCAGGAGAUUCAAAUGUCGUUCACCCUUUCCAACGUUGUGCCACCUGAGUUCUUUGACAACGAGGAAGAGGAGGAGACCACCACAGAGCCACAUGGACACACUGAGGCCCCAGAGGCCAGUAGCGAGGCCAGCAAGACCCCAGAGGAACAUGACAUAGAGGGGUGUAAUGGAGACAAGAUGACAGAGGAGACCACUGGCCCUUUUUCUUCUUCUUCUCCUGCAGCAGCUGAAGGAGACAAAGCCCAGGAGCAGAGAGAUAGGGAACUGGAGACAGUUGACUAGACUAUGGUGUAGUUACAGUAGGUUACAAUCAGAGAUGAAGAACAUGAAGUGAUCAUAACUUAUUUGACUGGAUUUUUUAAGAAUAAACAAUAAAAACAU